GAGACUUUUUCUAAGUGAAGUGUCAGUAGGCAGGCACAGAGAACAGCAGGUCUCGACGUCCCUGACAACCCCUAAACUCCCGUGCCAAUAACGAUUCUUGGAUUCGGGAAACGGAGCUGGAAGAGUAAAUGUAUUUGCAUUUUAAAGCUUAUUUURUGAAUUUGGUUUAUCGUUUGCGCUAGAAUAUUGUCAAUUUGAAACACAGCAGAGAAACUCGAGAGUAGCUUUUGAGGUUUACAGUCCCAACCUACUAGAGACAGUCUUCCCUAUCCUUUGCCAUGGCUUCGACACCCUGUACCAGAUUUACCGACGAGUAUAAUCUCUACGAAGAGCUGGGAAAGGGAGCUUUCUCCAUAGUGAAAAGAUGCAUGAGGAUCUCCAGCGGACAGGAGUUUGCUGCCAAAAUCAUCAACACAAAGAAGCUAUCUGCUCGGGAUCACCAGAAGCUGGAGCGAGAGGCCAGGAUUUGUCGCCUGCUCAAGCACCCCAAUAUCGUGAGGCUCCAUGACAGCAUAUCAGAGGAGGGAUUCCACUAUCUGGUCUUUGACUUGGUGACUGGCGGGGAGCUGUUUGAGGACAUCGUAGCCAGAGAGUACUACAGCGAAGCGGACGCCAGUCAUUGCAUUCAGCAGAUCCUAGAGGCCGUGCUCCACUGCCACCAGAUGGGCGUGGUCCACCGCGACCUGAAGCCUGAAAAUCUGCUCCUAGCCAGUAAGCUGAAGGGAGCAGCGGUGAAGUUGGCAGACUUUGGUCUGGCCAUCGAGGUGCAGGGAGACCAGCAGGCAUGGUUCGGUUUUGCGGGAACCCCAGGCUACCUGUCCCCAGAGGUCCUGAGGAAAGACCCCUAUGGGAAACCUGUGGAUAUGUGGGCCUGUGGUGUGAUUCUCUACAUUCUCCUGGUGGGCUACCCUCCCUUCUGGGACGAGGACCAGCACAGACUGUACCAGCAGAUCAAGGCUGGGGCUUACGAUUUUCCGUCCCCUGAGUGGGACACGGUGACCCCCGAGGCCAAAGACCUGAUUAACAAGAUGUUGACCAUCAACCCUGUCAAGAGGGUCACCGCCACAGACGCACUCAAACACCCCUGGAUCUGUCAACGUUCCACUGUGGCGUCCAUGAUGCACAGACAGGAGACGGUGGAGUGCCUGAGGAAGUUCAACGCCAGGAGGAAGCUCAAGGGUGCUAUCCUCACCACCAUGCUGGCCACACGUAACUUCUCAGCAGCCAAGAGCCUGCUCAACAAGAAAGCUGACGGCGUCAAGAUCAACAACAAGACCAAUGUAGUCACCAGCCCCAAAGAGCCCCCCACUCUGGAGCCUCAAACCACUGUCAUCCACAACCCAACUGAGGGAAACAAAGUAGAGUCCAGUGAGAGUGCAAACACCACCAUGGAGGAUGAGGACGUGAAAGCUCGUAAGCAGGAGAUCAUCAAAGUGACUGAGCAGCUGAUUGAGGCCAUCAACAAUGGAGACUUUGAAGCCUACACGAAGAUCUGUGAUCCCGGGCUUACAUCCUUUGAGCCAGAGGCUUUAGGAAACCUAGUCGAGGGAACCGACUUCCACAGAUUCUACUUUGAGAACGCUCUGUCCAGGGGCAAGCAAGGGCCCGUCCACACCAUCCUGCUCAACCCCCACGUGCACCUGAUCGGCGACGAUGCGGCGUGCAUCGCAUACAUCCGCCUUACGCAGUACAUGGACGCCAACGGCAUGCCACGCACCAUGCAGUCGGAGGAGACCCGCAUCUGGCACCGCCGUGACGCCAAGUGGCAGAACAUCCACUUCCACCGCUCCGGCUCGCCCACUGUGCCCGCCAAAUAAGUUGACUAGAGUUGAGGACCCCCUAGCCUACAGCUGUCAGCUGACCUACGGAAUCUGCCUACUAAGUGUGUGACAUCCUCGCCCAAUCCCAUCCCAACGCUACAACUCCGCCCUCUGAGUGUUGUUUACAUAUCGUCGCUGCUGGACUGAAGAUUCUUCUUGUAAAAUAUCAAAAGGAAACAACAAUCUUGACGAUAUCAUUUUAUAGAGAAAAUGUUGGUGUUUUAUCGCAUUGUUCCAUUCUUCUCAGUCAUCGCAGGACAUUUAUGACUGAAACAUAUAUAUUUUUUAUUUUAAUACAAUAAUUUACUAAUUUUAAACAUGUUUUCAGUUUGAAUGCCAUAGGGAAAUGUAUACAGUACAUGCCAGAGUUGUUGACGAUAUGUGAAGAUUGCAAAUUUGUGGGUUUAUGAGAUAUAUCUGAGAGAUUUUCAAUCUUAAAUAAUAUACAGUAAUACAGUGUCGUCCGUAAUUAUUAGGACAGUGAAGCAUUUUUUCUUCUUUUGAAAUCAUGGCUGAAGUUUAUAGUGCAGACUCUGACAGCUUUAAUUUGAAGUUAUUUUCAUCCAUCUCAGGUGAACCGUUUAGAAAUUACAGCACUUUUUGUACAUAGUCCCCCCAUUUUAGGGGACCAAAAGUAUUGAGACGAAUUCACUUAAAUGGGUAUUAAUGUAGUAAAAAGUAUGUGGUCUCAUAUUCAUAGCACGCAAUGACUACAUCAAGUUUGUGACUCUACACAUUUGUUGGAUGCAUUUUCUGUUUGUUCUGG